AUGCCGAGGUUUCAAGACAAAAGAACAUUCGAACUACUGUGUGAGGAUCUUCACAUCGGAACUCACGACCAUCAAUGGAUUGAACAGGGGGAGAAGCUUUCCGAGUUUGUCAUGGCGACUAAGACCAUCCAUGGGAAUUUGCAAUUCAGAAGCCCUCCUCUGUACGCUGGACCGUUAAGACUGAAGCGGUCAUGGAGGUCUUGGACAACUAAGACGUCUACAACUACUCCACACAUAAGGAAGUUUCGUGAGUUGUACAGGUUCUUGUUCACGAUCAAACCUUAUCCACUCUACAAUGAUGUCACGACGUCAAAAGAAGGUGCCACUUUCGAAAACGCGAAGCGAGUAUUGAAAUGGAAUAACAUGGGAGUGGAAGUUGACGGUUGGCAUUUUGCUUAUGACAUUCUUCUAAUGACAUCAACCAUCUACCAGGCGGAACCAAUGCUGGUCGAAUUUGAUACAACGUGUGAAAAGAUCGGUCUUUUGCUAAACUUGGAGAAAGCGAUCUACAUGAGAAAUGGAUGGGUUGGGAAAAUUAACAUGAUGAACGACCUGGUCUCCGAGCUGAGCAGGGACAAACGAGCGGUUUGGGGAGCAUAUAAGAACAUCGAGGAUGUAGUGAAGAGGACUAAAAAAAUCCGGUUCCGUGCUCACCUAUUCAACACCACCGGUUUUCCCGCUUUGACCCACGCUUCAGAAACGUGGGCUUGUCGCAAGCAGGAGGACAUUGCGAUCAGCAUCAUAGAACCCGCAAUUGAAAGGGUAUUACUAGGAAUAUCCCGCUUUACGCGAAUCAAAGAAGGAAUUCGAAGUUCUUUCCUACAUCAACGAUCGAAGAUUGGAGACGACAAGACCAUUGUCUUAGUACCAUUUCAAACAAAAGCUCAGUUGUUGGAUGCUUGUCUGGCAGGCGGGUGGGGCUGUUUCGACCUCAGCGGAAGGAACAUUUUUCACGUAUGUGAAGUAUUUCCGUGA